GGUACAGCUGUUUGGCGGGCUUUGCUCUGAUGGCAUUUGCAUUUUGAGUCCACUCUGGGCACUCUAUGGAGAAUGAGAGGGUGGAGGGGUGUGGCCGGUUAUAUGUCCCGAGAUGACCAACCACACCAUUUUCCCCAUCCUAUGCCCACUUGUUCAUGGCCACCUUGAAAAAUGACAAGUGGCGUCUACAUACAUCCUCUUCUCCUAGGGUCUGGCACAGUGUGACAGUCUGGCUGGCUCAGAAAAGAUAAGACUGCUUCUUUCUUGUUCACUUUGGGAUUCCCUGGAGUGUGUGUAUGUGUGUGUGCGUACGUGUGGAUGGGUGGGGUGUGGUCCAAGAAAUCCCAGCGCCCGCAGCCAGGCUGCCAAGCUGGGAGGAAGCCCAGAGCAAGUGGACGGGCCCCAGCUGGGGGUCGCAGGCCACAGCUGCCAUCAGCUCCCAGACCCUUCCGCAAUGCCAGCUCUGCCCUGGCCAAGUUCCUGACCCGCCCUGGCCUCCAUCAACCGCGAGCAUCGGAAAGGGGCGGCUCUACACCCCACUCCGUCUGGAGAGGCCGCCCACCCCAGCGCCCCGAGCCUGGCCCUCCAGAGCCUGAGCCCCAGGCCCCCGAGGGACCCCAGGCUGCGGCGACAGCCGCUGUGACGGCGGCAGUGGCGGCGGGUCCCCCCAGCCCGGAGGCAUCGAGGAGCCCAGGGCGCGGCGCCUACCUGCAGAGCCUUGAGCCCAGCAGCCGGCGAUGGGUGCUGGGCGGGGCCAAGCCGCCCGAAGAGGCCGCUGCAGGGCCCCGAGCGCCUGGCAGCAGCGGCUGUGGUAGCAGCGGCGGCGGGGAGCCCGCCGGCGAGAUCUGGUACAACCCCAUCCCUGAGGAAGACCCCAGACCCCCAGCUGCGGAGGCCUCGAGUCCACAGCCCAGCCCAGCUGAGCCCGAUGGCCUGACCGCACAAGGUGCGGCCCCCGCCAGCCCGCCCACCAAGGCAUCCCGCACAGCAAAGUCCCCCGGCCCGGCCAGGCGCCUGUCCAUGAAGAUGAAGAAGCUCCCGGAGCUGCGGCGGCGGCUCAGCCUCAGGAGCACCCGCGUCAGCCGCGAGCGAGACAGGAGCGCCCCCGCGGGCUCCGUCAUCAGCCGGUACCACCUGGACAGCAGCGUCGGGGGUCCCGGGGGACGGGCGGCCGGGGCUGGGGCCGCUCGCGGCCCCAGGGCCGGUUACCUCAGCGACGGGGACUCACCCGAGCGCCCAGCAGGAGGACCCCCGUCGCCCACGGCCUUCCGGCCCUACGAGGUGGGCCCUGCCGCCCGGGCGCCCCCGGCUGCACUCUGGGGUCGUCUCAGUCUGCACCUGUACGGGCUCGGGGGGCUGCGGCCGGCACCCGGCGCCACCCCCAGGGACCUGUGCUGCCUGCUGCAAGUGGACGGCGUGGCCCGGGCCCGAACCGGGCCCCUUCGAGGGGGCCCUGAUUUCCUGCAGCUGGAUCACACCUUCCACCUGGAGCUCGAGGCCGCCCGGCUCCUGCGGGCCCUGGUGCUGGCAUGGGACCCGGGCGUGAGGCGCCACCGGCCCUGUGCCCAGGGCACUGUGCUGCUGCCCACCGUUUUCCGAGGCUCCCAGGCCCAGCAGCUGGCCGUGCGCCUGGAGCCCCAGGGACUGCUGUACGCCAAGCUGACCCUGUCCGAGCAGCAGGAGGCGCCGCCAGCGGCCACGGCUGAGCCCCGUGUCUUUGGCCUGCCCCUGCCCCUGCUCGUGCAGCGGGAGCGGCCCCCCGGCCAAGUACCCCUGAUCAUCCAGAAGUGCGUGGGGCAGAUCGAGCGCCGGGGGCUGCGGGUAGUGGGCCUGUACCGGCUGUGCGGCUCGGCUGCAGUCAAAAAGGAGCUUCGCGACGCCUUUGAGCGGGACAGUGCCGCUGUCUGCCUCUCUGAGGACCUGUACCCUGAUAUCAAUGUCAUCACUGGCAUCCUUAAGGAUUACCUCCGGGAGCUGCCCACCCCGCUCAUCACCCAGCCCCUGUACCAGGUGGUGCUGGAAGCCAUGGCCCAGGGAACCCCAAACAGAGCUCCUCCGGGCCCCGAAGGCACCCGGCAGCUCCUCAGCUGCCUGCCCGAAGUGGAAAGGGCCACACUGACGCUUCUCCUGGACCACCUGCGCCUCGUCUCGUCCUUCCACGCCCACAACCGCAUGACCACGCAGAACCUGGCCGUGUGCUUCGGGCCCGUGCUGCUGCCCGCGCGCCAGGCGCCCGCCCGAGCCCGCAUCCGCGGUUCGGGCCCAGGCCUUGCCAGCGCGGUGGACUUCAAGCGCCACAUCGAGGUGCUGCACUACCUGCUGCAGUCUUGGCCAGAUCCCCGCCGGCCCCCAGAGGCUCCGGACGUGGCACCAUACUUGCGGCCCAAGCGGCAGCCGCAGCUGCAUCUGCCGUUAGCGGGUCCCGAAGUGGUGACUCGGCCGCGCGGCCGUGGAGGCCCAGAAAGCCCGCCUAGCAACCGCUACGCUGGCGACUGGAGCGUUUGCGGGCGGGACUUCCUGCCUUGUGGGCGGGACUUCCUGUCUGGGCCCGACUACGACCACGUGCCAGGCAGCGACAGCGAGGACGAGGAUGAGGCAGGCCAGCCGAGGAGCGCCGCUGACUUCGAGGACGACUUCGACGCGCCCUUCAACCCGCACCUGAACCUUAAAGACUUCGACGCUCUCAUCCUGGACUUGGAGAGGGAGCUCUCCAAGCAGAUCAACGUGUGCCUCUGAGCCGGUAGGACGGGGCGGGGCGAUGCCACGUUACCAAGGACCAGGCUCUGGGUUGCUAAGGCGGCGCCCUUAGCAACGACGGAGGCGGACCAGACCUGUUGCUUGGGCGGAGUUCUUGGUUGCUAGGGAGUUGCCAAGGGACCAGCUGCCAAUCAUUCCGUCUCCUGGGGCCCAGUGCCUAGGGCAGGGGGCAGGGGGCCUGUCAGGAUUCGCUGUUGUGGCGGCUUCCUCCCGAGAGCACCGAGGGCUUCUCUUCUUGCUGGUGUCCACAGGCACUUCUCCCGCUUUGCUAGGCCGGCCUCUCUUGCUCCCCUUGGCCCGGGAGCGGGGGGGCCGGGGGGAGAGGGGGAUACGCCGAAGUUACUGUGAGCGUCACCCUGGGAUGGCGAGACACCCCCUUGUCAGUCCUCUUGCUGCUGCCAAUCGAUCAGUAUUAGCUUUGAGCACUGCACUGUCUGUCCCUCCCCUGGCCGACCCCAAGGACAAGGACUAUCACAAGGCGCUGUUGUGUGUGUGUGCGCGCGGGGGGAGGGGGUGGAGGGGCAGCCCCUUACCCUGGGCUCUGGCUGCACAGGGGCAACCUGGGACCGAUGGGAAAACAUUGGACCCUACACCCUCCCGCCACCCAGGACUGACCUCCCACCAGCAACCUGACAUAGCAGGGUCUGGCCCUUGUCCUCCCUCCCUGCCCCUCCCCCUCCCCUCAAAUAAUGGAGCACUUAACCCCUCCCCUUGUGGGAGGGUUCCCCACCCCUGAGGCGUCAGGCUGGGGAAGACUUUUUGGUACGGAAAAUAUUUAUUGCUUCCGUGCGUGUUGCGUGUCCUGUGUGUGAGGACUCGUGUGCACGGACGAUGCCUGGAGGUGACCACAGAGGAGGGAACUGGGGUUCGCGGUGCCCAGCACCCCAGGACCCCCCACCCCACACUCCCGCGGUGGCCAAGCGGGGUCCCCUCCUGCCUCUUCUCCCCUUCACUCCCGUCUUUGUGGACAAUAAAUCGAUAUGCACAGGU